AUGGUGGAAAGUGAUGAUGAUCUCGAGACUCGGCUUACCAAAGAUGAAGAUGAAGAUGAAAAAAAGGAAGAGUUCGAGGACAAGAAAGAUCAAGAAUCUCUCGAGAAAGAAUUGGCGAAUGCUAGAGUCGAGCUAAAGGCAAAGGACUCAGCCUACAUACAAGCAAUCCUCGAGCUCAAAAACCGGGAAAAAAUAACGGAUGAGCUCACAAUCCUACUUAAACGAAUUGAUUCUCAAAAGAACUACUAUUUGGAUGAGUGCCGAGAAGCCAAUGCACGAGCCGAUGAACUUCAAUCAUCCAUGGAUUGUAUGGCUCGCCACCUCUCGGAAUCCCAAAAAAAUCAAGAACAACUCACGUGCGCCCUAGCCGAGUUAGAAAAUUCUAGAGAGGAGCUCGCCAUCCUUAGAAUGGCGAAAAUUGAUUUCACAUCGCAAAUUGAGGAAAUGAAGAAUGCUUUAAGCGCAGAGAAUGCGAAAAGGGAUGAGCUUCGAAGGCAAGUUUUGGAUAUGGAGGAAUUGAUCGUACAAUUGAGGAGCAAAGCUGUGGAAAAUGAGCGCAGAGUAGCCAAUUUAUUGUCUGAAAAAGAAUCCGAGCUAGAACUGACGAGCGAGGCCUUAUCCUCAGCAAAAAAUGAGCUAAAGAGAAUGCACGAUUUGGAGGCUCAAAUGGCGGAAAAAUCGGAUUAUAUUGUCUCGUUGCAACGUGAACUAAAGGAAGUUUCCGAACUUCAUGCCUCGGCUAAGAAAGCCGUCUCAGAAGGUGUUUACGAAGUAAAAAGGCUAAGAGAAGAUAUUUUAGUUCGAGAAAAAGAGAUUUCUGGCCAAAAGGCGAGCAUCGUGACGCUAGAGACGGAUAUGAAAAAUAUUAAAAGUGAACUCGGCCGGGCAAAGGCUGAGGUGGUCGGACUAACUCGGGAAAUCGAGGAUGUGAAGUUCGAGUUGGAGAAGAGUAAAGAAAGGGAGAAUGAUGCUCAAGUAGAGAUAGCUUUGUUAAAAUUUGAGGUACACAAAGGGAGAUCUAAACUCGCCGCAGCCGAGGCGACCGAGGCACGAGCUCAAACCGAGAAGUCGGCACUAUACAACGCCCUCCAACAAAUGGGAUUGGAGGCCGAAGAGAUCAAGAAAGAGAACCGUGAGCUAAAAGAAGCGACGCGUAUGCAACACGGUGAUGAUGAGGAAAUCCGUCGCCAAGAAUGCGACAAAGUCGAAAAUCACGAGAGCUACCUCGAGGUGGAUCGCCUAGUCGAGGCCCACGAGCCCAAAAUCGGAAAAGAGGUUGUGACGGAGGAAAAUUCGAAGAAAGAGUUGGAAAUGGCGAUGGCGAAAAUCGGAGAGCUAAGGAUACGAGUGGAGCAAGCGGCGAGUAGGGCCGAGGCGGCGGAGAAGGCGAAGCUGGCGUUGGAGGAGAAGAUAAAGAAGAAAAAGGUGCACAAGGAGAGGCGGAAGGCGGCAAUGGCCGCGCUCCGUGAGGACACAAUUUCGCGGGAAUUCGGGACCAAGUACGAGGUUGGUGGUUCUUCUUCUUCUCCGAGACAUCAUUACCAACCUCUUAGUAAGGUUCUUAACAUGAAGUUUUGA